AUGGGCUUCGAGCUGGACCGCUUCGACGGCGACGUGGACCCGGACCUGAAGUGCGCGCUGUGCCACAAGGUCCUGGAGGACCCGCUGACCACGCCGUGCGGCCACGAGGCGCUGCGCGCCGGCAAGCGCGAGCAGUCGCUGGUGGCGCAGCUGGCCGCGGCGCAGCUGGAGCUGCAGAUGACCGCCCUGCGCUACCAGAAGAAGUUCACCGAGUACAGCGCGCGCCUGGACUCGCUCAGCCGCUGCGUGGCCGCGCCGCCCGGAGACAAGGUAGGCGCCCGCCCGACCCCAGCCAGGCCCCGGCGCCCUGGGGCGCCUCCCUGUCCCGUGGGACCCUGGGGCGCCGGGAGCAUCCCUGCUCCUCCUUCCGCUGCGCGCCAGCCGCGUCGCCACGGGCAGGUCGCUGAGACGGGCCAGGCUUGGAAACUGUGGUCCCCGCAGGACGGACCGUCCAGCGCGGGCAUCUUCGUGUCCAGGGUCGCGGACGGCGGGCCGGCAGCCAGGGAUGGGGGCCUGCAGGUGCACGACCGGAUCGUCGAGGUCAACGGCAAGGACCUGUCCCAGGCCACCCACGACCAGGCGGUGGACGCGUUCAGGACGGCCACGGAGCCCAUCGUGGUACAGGUGCUGCGGAGGGCCCCACGGGCCACGGCGUUCCCGCCCGUGCCCGGGCCGCAGCUGGCGGACGCGGCCACGCAGACCGACAUCACCUUCGAGCACAUUGUGGCCCUCGCGAAGAUGGCGGCCCCCCCCACGCCUGGGCUGGGGCCCUGCCUCCUGCCCGAGGGGCACCCCUCGGCACACAUGUACUACGAUCCCAGCUACGUCGGAGGCGGCCCCCAGGCCCUGGACAGGGAGGAGCUGGAGCUGGAGGAAGUGGCUCUGUGCAGGACGAGCAGCCAGGACAAGCUGGGGCUCACGGUGUGCUACCGCACAGACGACGAGGACGACAUUGGGAUUUUCGUGAGCGAGAUCGACCCGCACGGCAUCGCGGCCAAGGACGGGCGCAUCCGGGAAGGAGACCGCAUCAUUCAGAUCAACGGGCUAGCGGUGCACAACCGAGAGCAGGCCGUGGCCGCCCUCGCCAGCAAGGACAAGAGCUUCAGCUUGCUGAUCGCGCGGCCCGAGCUCCAGCUGGACGAGGCCUGGAUGGACGACGACAGAAACGAUUUUCUGGACGACCUGCACUUGGACAUGCUGGAGGAGCAGCACCACCAGGCCAUGCGGGUCACAGCCAGCGUGCUCCCCCAGAAGCCGCAGGAGGAGGACGGGGGCACCACAGACACCGCCACCAUCCUGUCCAACCAGCACGAGAAGGACAGCGGGCUGGGCCGGACCGACGACAGCACUCGCAACGACGAGAGCUCUGAGCCCGAGAACAACGGCGACGAGGCGCCCGCGGCGAAGCCGCAGGAGGAGGACGGGGGCACCACAGACACCGCCACCAUCCUGUCCAACCAGCACGAGAAGGACAGCGGGCUGGGCCGGACCGACGACAGCACUCGCAACGACGAGAGCUCUGAGCCCGAGAACAACGGCGACGAGGCGCCCGCGCUCAACCGCCAUCGACUCUGGGCCUGCGUCUGCGAGGGUCCUUUUCAGUUCCCACAAAUGACCGAGAUCACAGAGUUCGCGUUCCUCUGUCUGGCGUAUGUCGCUCAGCCUAGCUUCGCGCCUCCUUCGUCUUGUCACGAAUGGCCGGAGUUUUUAUGCCCGGAGAAUAAUCUGCUGGGCGCGGGCUCCACCUCUUCGUUUGUGAUCACUGAUUCGACGUCCUCGCCUUACUGGCCUAUUCAGAUUUUCGGCUUCUUCAUGAUUCACUCUUACACUGCUGAUGGCUCCCGCGGCCCGUCCGGCUCGCCCAUCCCCAAGCAGAGUGCCAGCGUCUGCGGGGGGCUGCCUCGUGUGCUGCACCGAGGCUUCGGGGCUUCACGGCCCCCCGACAGCUACAUGGACCCCCCUGACAGCUUCACGGCCCCCCCUGACAGCUACGCGGCCCCGCUCCAGGCCAGCAGGCAGGCGUUCUGGAGAGCCACGGCCACCAGCGGCCAUCGAUGUUGGGGGCUGGGGCUGGGGGUCCACGACCGGCCCUCCUGGGGCCUGACUCCCCCUCACUGCCUCAGCCACCGAGGCUGCUCAGUGCACGGAGCUGGCUUCCAUGUCCAAGGUCUGGCUCAGCGUUUCCUCGGCCGGCGGGAGCACCCACAGGCCCGGGCAUCACGUGAACAGACGGGAGUUCCUGCGCCCUCCGCCCGCGUGGACAAGCCAGAGCGGGUCUAUCAGAGGAGCGGCCACGCGCCCGGCCAGAAACGGCCCCCCAGUAACCGCGGCUUCCGCGCGGGGACCGGGGGCGUUCUGACCCCAGUGCCUUUGCCUGAACGGCGCCCCAGCACUGAGCUUGGAGCUGUCACCGGCAUGCCCGCGGCCGCACGGUGGCGUCACAGAGGCCAGCACCCGAGCGUGGGGGGCUGUGACCUGUCUGCCUGA